AUGUAAGGGAAGAGCGCGUUCAAGCCAGAAACCGUUCUGGUGAGCUCAGGGCAAUUGUGCAAUUGAACGACCUAACGCACGAAGCCCAGGAACAUACUGAAAACCCCAACAGAGCUACCAUAAUGGCAGCUACAACUACUUCAAAGGGAGCCGGUCGGCGGCGGGCACUGGGCUUCCUGAUAGUCAUAACCCAAACCCUCCUCCAUGCAGUCCGAGGCGCAAAGUUCUGCGCCGCAGACUUCUACGUCCCAACCCUCCCAAACAUGGAGCCCAACGUUACAGAAGUCUUCAAAAUGCACGCUGGGAAUUUGCCUGUCACGGAGGCUGAGGAUCAGCAGUUGUUCUUCUGGCUUGUGCAGGCGAGGAAUAACUUGCCGAGGGAUAAGUUGGUUAUAUGGAUGAAUGGGGGCCCAGGAUGUUCAAGCAUGGACGGAAUGCUCCUAGAAAAUGGCCCCUUCAAAAUCUCCUCUUCCGGCACCGUGCAUGUGAACCCAUACAGCUGGGUGCACAACGCGAACAUGAUCUACGUCGACCAGCCUGUAGGCACGGGGUUCUCCAUAAGCAACGGCAAAUUCGACGGGAGCUUGCCUGAGGCAGCAUCACAUUUCGUAAACUUCCUAGAGAACUUCUUCAUAGCUUUUCCGGAGUACCAAAACAGCGAGCUGUAUCUUGCGGGAGAAAGCUAUGCAGGGCAGUACAUCCCAUACACCGCGCAGGAGAUCUUGAACCGGAAUAAAGCGGGGCAGAAGCCCAAGUUGGAUCUUAAGGGCCUGAUGAUUGGGAAUGGAUGGAUAGAUCCAUUACGGCAGUAUGGGUCAUACAUCAAGUUCGCCGAGCUUCACAAUCUUCUCAAGAUUCCAGAAUAUAAGCAAGCAGCGGAUGCGGACUGGGAGCUGUGCAAGAAGGCCUACGAAAAGGAGGAUCGGCUCAAGACGCGUGUGUGUGAACGGAUCAUGGACCAUAUUUUGGCCGAGUCGAGAGAAGGCGGCCAAGUCUGUCUGAACAUGUACGACAUCCGCUACCGCGACGGGAACAGGUGCGGGCUCGGGUGGCCCAGCGAUUUGGGUUUCGUUACCAACUACCUUGCGAAACCAGAACUCCGAAAAGCCCUCCAUGCGGACCACGGAACCGGAUGGCAUGAAUGCGAUGGAAGCGUGUAUGACGGAUUUGACAAUGAUAAGAGUCCGCCUUCGUAUACGCUGCUUCCGGAUCUGUUGAAUGAAGUCCCAAUCACGUUGUUCAACGGCGACAAAGACCUAAUCUGCAACUGGAUCGGCACCCACACCAUGCUCGAAGGCCUCGAAUGGGGCGGGCGUACCGGUUUCGAAGACUCCAAAAACUACAAAUGGCUCAUCUCAGGCACCCCAAAGGGCACCUACGAGAUCGUCAACAACCUGACCUACGUCAUCAUGCACGACGCGAGCCACAUGGUUGCGGUGGACCAGCCCGUGGCGAGUUUGGAUAUGUUCAAUCGGGCGUUGAGGGUUGUGGAGGGCGGGAUCGAGUCUGAGCUGGUUGGGGAGAAUGUGUUGACACCCGCACCUGGUGAGAAACCGACCAAACCGCCAUCGUCGACGCCGUUGCCGGAUACGGACGCCGGGGAAGGCGAGCCUGUUGCGGGGCACUAUUACGCCGGCGCAAUCCUCCUAAUCCUCAUGCUCCUCGCCCUCGCCCUCUGCGGCGCCUACCGCAUGCGGCACAAGUUACCCGGGCUACGCGGUAUACUGCGUAACUUUAUGCAAACGGGUGGAGGCGCCGUGGGGCCGAGGAACGGGAGCAAUUGGCAUGAGGUGCAUGGCGAUGAGGAGGCGUUGUUUGUGGCGGAGGAUUUGGAUGGGGUGGGGAUGGAGAACAUGAGGUAGACACGUGGGG